CUAGUUCUUCCCUUUUUCUUUUUCCACAAGAAUAUUAAUUUUUUCUUCUUUUUUUUUAUAUAUAUAUUUAUCAUCUUUUUGUACAUAUAAUCCCAUUUAUUGUAUUUAAUAUCUAUACCACCACCACCUUUUAAACCCACAACAAAAGAGAAAAAAGAAACCAGUAUUAAGCGCAAAUAACCCAUUUUUUUUCUUUCUUGGAAACACAACAACAAAAAAAGAAGAAAAAAAGACCGCAACACCACCAACAACAAAAAAAAAGUAAAAAGGGAGCGCUAAUGAAACGUUCUUGUGCUGGCGACAAUUCACCCAUCAUAAAAAAAAAAGUGCGUGAUAACCUAAGUAAUAAAGAAGAAGAAGACAGUAUGAGCGUGCUUGAAUACGUUCACCAUUUUGUAAAUAACCUAGAACAAGGCAAUAUUGAUCAUUGCCUUUCCACCAGUAAAAAUGAUACAACCGGUAUCUUGCAACAAUUAUCCGCUGUCGAUUCCGAUCUCUUUCUUAGCCUUGAAGCCAAUCUCAAAAAAAUUGCUCAACGUCAGCUGCAGCUCGAAACUGAGAAUUUAAGAUGCCGCAUCAUGAUUCAACAACAACAUCAGCUCUUAACCACUCAUCAUCACGAGGAAGAAAAAGUCAUGCACGCCGCUGCCUCUGCUGCUGCUUCUGAUGCUCCUGCUACAGAUAAUAACGAUGACAAGAAAAAGAAUAAAAAAUCAACCAAGAUCUCUGCUACAAGUGAAGACGAUUUGACUUCCGUCCAUGAUACCUCUCUGCUUGAAAAACUCGAAGAUUCUUACCGUCAAAUGCCCAACACCAUUCCCGAACUCCCUCAAGGAGGUUACUUUGCUGCUUCUGCCACAAUGGCAGCUGCUGGUCUUGCUACAUCUUCUACCCCGCCAUUUAAUAUUUCUUCUGCCGCUACUGCUUAUCCCGUGUACUUUGGUACCAUGUCUCCUUCUAUCUUAUCUUUCCCUGCCGCCACUGUCCAAACCAGCUCCGAUAACAUUGUCUGUCCCGAUUGUGUAAUCCAAGCCGUCAAAGUUGCCUCCUGUGUCUUUAAUGGUGAUUUGGGUCGUCGUAUCACCUGUGAGCAUGAACGUUGUGUUGUCUCCGGUACUGUCGUUGAAUCCGAUGCACCUAUUAAUACCUUGAAAAACGCCGUGAAUGCCAUGGCCGAUCAUUUACAGAUUGUUGCAGAUGAAGUCAGUUAUGUUGCCCAUGAAACCGCCGUCAAUGGUAAAUUGGGCGUACAAGCAAGAUGUGGAAGAGAAAUGAAGGGUUUAUGGCGUGAUUUUGUGGUGAAUUUGAAUAGUAUGACUCGCAACCAUUUGGAACAAGUACGAGAUAUUGCAGAUGUUUCAACUGCUAUUGCACGUGGUGAUCUCAGUAAAGCUAUGACUGUGCCUGUAAAAGGUGAAACACUCUUAUUAAAAAACACUUUUAAUACAAUGGUCAAUCAAUUGAAUUUGUUCGCUUCUGAAGUAUCUCGAGUUGCGCAUGAAGUAGGCACGGAAGGAAAGUUAGGAGCACAGGCAAAGGUACAAGGCGCUGAUGGUAUUUGGAAAGAAUUAACGGAUAAUGUAAAUACAAUGGCUGCCAAUCUUACAAAUCAGGUAAGAGACAUUGCCCAAGUUUCAAAAUCGGUAGCUCGUGGUGAUUUAACUAAAAAAGUCACCGUCGAAGUCAGAGGUGAAAUGCUGGAUUUAAAAAAUACCAUCAAUACUAUGGUGGACCAACUGUCGAUAUUUGCUACCGAGGUCACGCGUGUGUCACUAGAAGUAGGAACAGAAGGUAUACUGGGUGGUCAGGCCGUUGUCAAAGAUGUUGCUGGUACUUGGAAAGAUCUAACGGAUAAUGUGAAUAUGAUGGCUUCCAAAAUCACCGCCCAAGUACGUGACAUUGCCGUAGUUGCUAAAGCUGUUGCUCAAGGUGAUUUAUCCAAAAAAGUCAAAGCCAAUGCCCAAGGUGAAGUUCUCGAACUAAAAAACACAAUGAACAAAAUGGUGGAUCAAUUGAAUUUGUUCUCGGCAGAAGUGCAGAGGGUGUCUCUGGAAGUAGGCACCGAGGGAAAACUAGGCGGUCAAGCCGUCGUCAAAGAUGUUGGUGGAACUUGGAAAGAUCUCACUGACAACGUCAAUACCAUGGCCGCCAAUUUAACCACGCAGGUGCGGUCAAUUGCUGAAGUCACCAAAGCGGUUGCUAUGGGUGACCUUUCCAAAAAGAUCGAGGUCGAAACUCGUGGUGAGAUUCUUGAUCUAAAAAACACCGUGAAUGAUAUGGUUGAUCAGCUACGUGUCUUUGCCUCUGAAGUCACAAGAGUCGCCCGUGAAGUCGGUACGGAAGGAAAACUCGGUGGUCAAGCUAGGGUACCCAACGUUGAUGGUACCUGGAAAGAUCUAACGGAUAAUGUCAAUACCAUGGCCACCAAUCUAACCACUCAAGUACGUUCUAUUGCCGUUGUAACAAAAGCUGUAGCAAAUGGUGAUCUCUCCAAGAAAAUUCAGGUGACUGUGAGUGGUGAGAUUUCCGAUUUGAAAGAUACCGUGAAUAACAUGGUGGAUCAAUUACGUGUAUUUGCUUCCGAAGUCACAAGAGUAGCACGUGAAGUCGGUACGGAAGGAAAACUCGGCGGUGAAGCUAUUGUACCCAGUGUCAGUGGUACCUGGAAAGAUCUCACGGAUAAUGUGAAUAUCAUGGCGGCCAAUCUAACCACGCAGGUGCGGUCCAUUGCGGAGGUCACGAAAGCUGUAGCCAGUGGUGAUCUAUCGAAAAAAAUCGAAGUAGAAACACAAGGUGAAAUACUUGAUUUGAAAAAUACCGUGAAUAACAUGGUAGAUCAACUCAACGUCUUUGCUGCGGAAGUGACACGUGUGGCAAAAGAAGUAGGCACAGACGGUAAAUUGGGUGGUCAAGCUCUAGUGCCAAAUGUCGAUGGUACCUGGAUGGAUCUUACGGAUAAUGUCAAUCAUAUGGCUACCAAUCUCACAAAUCAAGUACGAUCCAUUGCUGAAGUCACAAAGGCGGUUGCUUUAGGCGAUCUCUCUAAAAAAAUUGAAGUCGAGUCGGGUGGAGAAAUUCUUGAUCUAAAGAACAUUGUGAAUAACAUGGUAGAUCAAUUACGUGUAUUUGCUUCAGAAGUAACACGUGUAUCCAAGGAAGUGGGUACGGAAGGUAAACUCGGUGGACAAGCUGUAGUUCAAGGUGUGGCAGGAACAUGGAAUGAACUCACGGAUAACGUGAAUAUCAUGGCAGCUAAUUUAACCAACCAAGUGCGCUCGAUUGCCGAAGUCACAAAGGCUGUCGCCAAUGGUGAUCUUUCCAAGAAAAUCGAAGUUGAAUCCGGUGGAGAAAUUUUGGAAUUGAAAAAUAUCGUGAAUAACAUGGUAGAUCAAUUACGUAUUUUUGCUUCAGAAGUUACACGUGUAUCCAAAGAAGUAGGUACAGAAGGAAAAUUAGGUGGUCAAGCCAUGGUACCCAAUGUAGCCGGUACUUGGUAUGAAUUGACGGAUAAUGUCAACAUUAUGGCUGCCAAUUUAACAACGCAAGUCCGAUCCAUUGCCGAAGUUACGAAAGCCGUCGCUCUCGGUGACCUUUCUAAAAAAAUUGAGGUCGAAACUCGUGGCGAAAUUUUGGAAUUAAAGGAUAUCGUAAAUGGUAUGGUCGAUCAAUUACGUAUCUUUGCAUCUGAAGUUACGCGUGUAUCUAAAGAAGAAGUCGGCACGGAAGGAAAAUUAGGUGGACAGGCCAUGGUCAGAGGUGUGGCUGGUACUUGGCUUGAUUUAACAGACAAUGUCAAUACUAUGGCUGCUAAUCUAACCACACAAGUACGUUCCAUUGCACAAGUUACUAAAGCCGUUGCCAAUGGUGAUCUAUCCAAAAAGAUUGAAGUUGAGACUAGAGGUGAAAUUCUAGAUCUAAAGGAUACAGUGAACGAUAUGGUGGAUCAGCUUCGUAUCUUUGCAUCAGAAGUCACACGUGUGUCCAAGGAAGUAGGAACUGAAGGUAAAUUAGGUGGUCAGGCUGUUGUCAAAGGCGUUGCUGGUACUUGGUAUGAAUUGACUGACAAUGUCAAUAUCAUGGCUGCCAAUUUAACCAAUCAGGUCAGAUCUAUUGCCGAAGUCACUAAAGCUGUAGCGCUGGGUGAUUUGUCUAAAAAGAUCGAGGUCGAAUCCGGUGGAGAAAUUCUUGAUUUAAAGAAUAUUGUGAAUAACAUGGUGGAUCAACUACGUAUUUUUGCCUCUGAAGUUACACGUGUGUCAAAAGAAGUCGGCACGGAAGGUAAACUUGGUGGUCAAGCUGUUGUACAAGGUGUCGCCGGUACAUGGAAUGAACUUACGGACAAUGUGAAUAUCAUGGCUGCUAAUUUAACCAGUCAAGUCAGAUCCAUUGCCGAAGUCACCAAAGCAGUCGCUAGUGGUGAUCUUUCCAAGAAAAUCGAAGUUGAAACUCGUGGUGAAAUCCUCGAUUUGAAAAUCACUGUCAAUUCCAUGGUGGAUCAAUUACGUAUAUUUGCUUCGGAAGUCACACGUGUCGCAAAAGAAGUAGGUACUGAAGGUAAAUUAGGUGGUCAAGCGAAGGUCGAAGGUGUUGCCGGUACUUGGAUGGACUUAACUGAUAAUGUCAAUACUAUGGCUGCCAAUCUUACAACUCAAGUACGUUCCAUUGCACAAGUCACUAAGGCCGUUGCCAAUGGUGAUCUUUCCAAAAAGAUUGAAGUUGAGACUCGAGGUGAAAUCCUGGAUCUAAAGGAUACCGUGAACGACAUGGUGGAUCAAUUACGUGUCUUUGCUGCUGAAGUCACACGUGUGUCGAAGGAAGUCGGCACGGAAGGAAAAUUAGGUGGACAAGCCAUGGUCAGAGGUGUAGCUGGUACUUGGCUUGAUUUAACAGACAAUGUCAAUACUAUGGCUGCCAACCUAACAACUCAAGUACGGUCUAUUGCUCAAGUCACCAAAGCAGUUGCUCUAGGUGACUUAUCCAAAAAAAUCGAAGUGGAAACACGAGGAGAAAUCCUAGAACUAAAAAAUAUUGUAAAUGACAUGGUGGAUCAACUACGUAUCUUUGCAUCCGAAGUAACCCGUGUCUCAAAAGAAGUAGGAACUGAAGGUAAAUUAGGUGGUCAGGCUGUUGUCAAGGGCGUUGCUGGUACUUGGUAUGAAUUGACUGACAAUGUCAAUAUCAUGGCUGCCAAUUUAACCAAUCAGGUCAGAUCUAUUGCCGAAGUCACUAAAGCUGUAGCGCUGGGUGAUUUGUCUAAAAAGAUCGAGGUCGAAUCCGGUGGAGAAAUUCUUGAUUUAAAGAAUAUUGUGAAUAACAUGGUGGAUCAACUACGUAUUUUUGCCUCUGAAGUUACACGUGUGUCAAAAGAAGUCGGCACGGAAGGUAAACUUGGUGGUCAAGCUGUUGUACAAGGUGUCGCCGGUACAUGGAAUGAACUUACGGACAAUGUGAAUAUCAUGGCUGCCAAUUUAACAACCCAAGUACGAUCCAUUGCCGAAGUCACUAAAGCCGUUGCUAGCGGUGACCUUUCCAAGAAAAUCGAAGUUGAAACACGUGGAGAAAUUUUGGAUUUGAAAAAUACAGUGAAUGAAAUGGUGGAUCAAUUACGUGUGUUUGCCUCUGAAGUCACCAGAGUGGCCAAGGAAGUAGGCACGGAAGGUAAAUUAGGUGGUCAAGCGACUGUGGAAGGUGUGGCUGGUACUUGGCUUGAUUUAACAGACAAUGUCAAUACUAUGGCUGCUAAUCUAACCACACAAGUACGUUCCAUUGCACAAGUUACUAAAGCCGUUGCCAAUGGUGAUCUGUCUAAAAAGAUCGAAGUUGAAACUCGAGGAGAAAUUCUAGAUCUAAAAGAUACCGUGAAUGACAUGGUAGAUCAACUACGAAUUUUCGCUUCGGAGGUCACGCGUGUAUCAAAGGAAGUAGGUACUGAAGGUAAAUUGGGUGGACAGGCGGUUGUUCAAGGUGUGGCUGGUACAUGGCUAGAUCUUACAGACAACGUCAAUACCAUGGCGGCGAAUCUAACCACGCAGGUCAGAUCGAUUGCCCAAGUCACAAAGGCUGUAGCUUUGGGUGAUCUAUCUAAAAAAAUUGAAGUGGAGACCCGAGGAGAAAUUCUGGAACUAAAGGAUAUUGUGAAUGGCAUGGUGGAUCAGCUACGUAUUUUUGCAUCUGAAGUCACGCGUGUGUCCAAAGAAGUAGGAACGGAAGGAAAAUUGGGCGGUCAGGCUGUCGUCAAGGGCGUUGCUGGUACUUGGUAUGAAUUGACGGACAAUGUCAAUAUCAUGGCUGCCAAUUUAACUAACCAGGUAAGAUCCAUCGCUGAGGUAACCAAAGCUGUCGCGUUGGGCGAUUUAUCCAAGAAGAUUGAAGUUGAAUCCGGUGGAGAAAUUCUUGAUUUAAAAAAUAUUGUCAACAACAUGGUGGAUCAAUUACGUAUUUUUGCCUCUGAAGUCACGCGUGUAUCUAAAGAAGUCGGCACGGAAGGUAAACUUGGUGGUCAAGCUGUUGUACAAGGUGUCGCCGGUACAUGGAAUGAGCUUACGGAUAAUGUAAAUAUUAUGGCUGCCAAUUUAACCAGUCAAGUGCGUUCUAUUGCCGAGGUAACAAAAGCAGUGGCCAAUGGUGAUUUGUCUAAGAAGAUUCAUGUUGAAACUCGUGGUGAAAUUCUUGAAUUAAAGAUUACGGUGAAUUCUAUGGUUGACCAAUUACGUGAAUUCUCUUCUGAAGUCACGCGUGUUGCUCGUGAAGUAGGUACGCGCGAUAAUGUCAAUAUUAUGGCUGCGAAUCUUACCACACAAGUACGUUCUAUUGCGGAAGUGACGAAAGCGGUUGCUGCUGGUGAUUUGUCGAAGAAGAUUGAAGUUGAAACACAAGGAGAGAUUCGUGAACUAAAGGAAACGGUGAAUGAUAUGGUGGAUCAACUGCGUGUUUUUGCGGCUGAGGUAACAAGAGUGGCGAGACAAGUGGGUACCGAAGGUAUGCUUGGUGGCCAAGCUGCCAUUGUUGGUGUAGAUGGUACUUGGAAAGACUUAACGGAUAAUGUAAAUUUGAUGGCGAGUAAUCUAACAGAUCAACUACGAGCUAUUGCGGCGGUCUGUAAAGCGGUAGCGCAAGGUGAUUUAUCGAAAAAGAUUGAAGUUGAAGUCCAUGGUGAAAUUGCCGAAUUGAAAAACACAAUCAAUACCAUGGUGGACCAGUUAAGUUCUUUUGCGUCUGAGGUAACUCGUGUAGCUCGAGAAGUAGGUACUGAAGGUAAACUUGGUGUCCAAGCCCAGGUGAUGGAUGUAGAAGGUGUAUGGAGAGAAAUCACAAGUAACGUCAAUACGAUGGCUUCUAAUUUAACAACUCAAGUUCGUGCUUUUGCUCAAAUUUCUGCUGCUGCAACCGAAAACGAUUUCUCUCGUUUGAUUACAGUAGAAGCUUCUGGUGAAAUGGAUUCCCUUAAGACCAAGAUCAAUCAGAUGGUGGGCUCUCUUCGUGAUGCUAUUCAAAAGAAUCGAUUGGCAAGAGAAGCUGCCGAAUUGGCAAAUCGUUCCAAGAGUGAAUUUUUGGCUAACAUGAGUCACGAAAUCCGUACUCCCAUGAAUGGUAUUAUCGGUAUGACCUCUUUGACUUUGGAAACUGAAUUAACCAGACCUCAACGAGAAAAUUUGAUGAUUGUUUCAAGUUUGGCUAAUAGUUUGUUAACUAUUAUCGAUGACAUUUUGGAUAUUUCCAAGAUUGAAGCAGGUCGGAUGACAAUCGAAUCUAUCCCCUUCUCACUCCGAUCCGCUGUAUUUAGUGUAUUAAAAACGUUGGCCGUAAAAGCAAAUCAAAAGAAACUGGACCUUAUUUAUCAUGUGGAUCAGUCGAUUCCUGAUCAAUUGAUUGGUGAUCCACUUCGUUUGCGUCAAGUCAUUACUAACUUGAUUGGUAAUGCUGUCAAGUUUACAACUCAAGGUGAAGUUGUCCUUCGCACAAGAGCUGUGAGUAUGCAAGAUAACACAGUCAGAUUAGAAUUGUGUGUAAGCGAUACCGGUAUCGGUAUUCAAGAAGAUAAAUUACAUGUCAUUUUCGAUACCUUCUGCCAAGCUGAUGGUAGCACUACUCGUGAAUAUGGUGGUACUGGUUUAGGUCUUUCCAUCUCUAGACAUCUUGUCCAGUUAAUGGGUGGUGACUUGUGGGUUGAAUCAAAGUAUGGAAGAGGUUCAGAAUUUUACUUUACGGUCAAUCUUUUCCGUUUCAGUCUUGAAGAACGCGAAAUUAUUGAAAAGUUACGUCGCUUCAAGAAUAGACGUAUUUUAUUUUUGGAUAGUAUGAAUGAUACGACUGGUGUGAUUGAAAAGAUCAACAUGCUAGGUCUUAAGCACUACCGAGUAAACGAUAUUGAAGAAGCAGCUGCUAUUUCUAAUGCCAAUUCCAACAAGAGUAUAAAUGGUCCCUUCUUCGAUACAGUUAUUGUGGAUAAGAUGGCCUUGGCCGAAAAGAUUCGAGAAAUUGUGCCACUUCGUUAUACACCUGUUGUGUUGAUUGCGCCUGAGGUUCAUCUCUUGAACAUGAAACUUUGUAUUGAUCUGGGUAUCACCGGUUACAUCAAUUCACCUACAAACCUUGCAGGUAUGGCGGAUGUUCUUUUACCUGCUCUAGAAAGUCAUGCAGCUCUUCCCCGAGAUGCAUCAAAGACCGUGCCUUUAGAAGUUUUGCUUGCUGAAGAUAACGAUGUCAAUCAAAAGUUGGCUGUCCGUAUUUUAGAAAAGUUUGGACAUCAUGUUAAGGUGGUUGCCAACGGUAAAUUGGCUGUAGAGGCAUAUGAAUCUCAAAGUUUUGAUAUGAUUUUAAUGGACAUACAAAUGCCUGUCAUGGGCGGUUUUGAAGCCACGCAAAAGAUUCGUGAAAUCGAGCAUAGUUCUAAUACAAAAGCACAUAUUCCAAUUAUUGCUUUGACUGCACAUGCCAUGAUUGGUGAUCGUGAAAAGUGUUUACAAGCUGGCAUGGAUGAAUAUGUCACUAAACCAUUAAGAUUCCCCGAGUUGAUUGCUGCAAUCAAGAAAUUCGCACCUCAGUCCGCUCAUAUGAUGGCAGGAGGAGGUGGAGGUUCCAAGCUUAAAGCGCUACCAAAUAAAUAAAUUGACACAUUAGACUUUUAUAAAAUGGAA